AUGUUGUUGGCGGCUGUUCCGGCGGAAGAAGGAGAUGUCGUCACGGGUUAUUUUCAUUUCGCACGAGCAGAAACUCAGGUUCUCGCCGAACGUCGUCCGUAAUCAGAAGUACAACGUGUUCACGUUCAUACCGUGCGUGUUAUUCGAGCAGUUCAAACAGUUCUUGAACUUCUAUUUUUUGAUUAUGGCAGUGUCACAGUUCAUCCCUGCCAUCCGUGUGGGUUACUUGUCCACCUACUGGGGUCCAUUAACAUUUGUCAUAUUCGUUACUCUUUGUCGCGAGGGCUUCGACGAUUUUCGCCGCCAUAUACGCGAUCGUGAAGUGAACAGCUGCCGGUACGAAAAGCUGACGGCAACCGAUCGGCGCAAGGUGAAAAGCUCGCAGCUGCAAGUCGGCGACCUCAUUGUAGUACAUAAAAAUCAAAGAGUUCCGGCAGAUAUGGUUCUUCUUAGAACAUCCGAAAAAUCAGGUACAUGCUUCAUUCGCACGGACCAGCUGGAUGGUGAAACUGACUGGAAGCUCAAAGUAGCCUAUCCGGCAUCUCAGCACCUUGACGAUGAUACGACGUUUCAGAAGCUAUUCAGCCUGAAUCUGCAACUUUACGCCGAUAAACCGCAGCAGGAUAUUCACAGCUUCUUCGGCACCAUCAAAUAUGUGAGCAUGAUAUUCUUGUUCAGCGAUUUUUUGCGUUAUCCCCUCAUAGGCGUGAUUAUUUAUACUGGUUCCGAAACCCGCUCUGCCUUGAAUACUUCACAGGCACGCAGCAAGAUCGGUCGAUUAGAUAAUGAAGUGAACAACUUAACAAAAAUGCUUUUCGUCGUCGUAGCUGUUUUGGCCCUGGUUAUGGUUUGUUUGAAGGGUUUCCAUGGGCCCUGGUAUCUCACCUACUUUCGCUUUGUGUUACUAUUUUCGUACAUCAUCCCUUUAAGCAUACGGAAACUUACUUCUAGUUUGCGGGUAAAUUUGGACAUGGCAAAGUUGGUUUACUCUUUUCUGAUAUCACGAGAUAAACAAAUAGCCGGAACUUUGGUACGAAGCAGCACCAUCCCUGAAGAGCUUGGACGCAUCUCAUUCCUUUUAUGCGACAAAACCGGCACCCUAACGCAGAAUAACAUGGCAGUAGAAGCCCUCGUGAUCUGCAAUAACGUCACUCCUGUUACUGAAGAGAGUGACAAUAGCUCAAAGUCACCUUUUGAAUCGACUGAGGCAACCUCUUAUCAGGCAUCGUCGCCUGAUGAAGUGGCAUUGGUAUCUUGGGCCAACAGCAUGGGUCUCAAGCUUUACUCUCGUGACCUGCACGCGAUAACGGAAGAAGAAACGAAGGUGAUCACUUUUUUUCUGAAGGGGGCUGAUGUUGUGAUGAAGACAAAAGUUUGUUAUAAUGAUUGGCUGGAAGAAGAGUGCGCAAACUUGGCUCGCGAAGGACUGCGGACUCUGGUCGUGGCAAAAUCAGUUCUGAGCGACUUAGAAUACGAGAAAUUUGACGUGCAGUACAAUCAAGCGAAAACCAGUUUGAUGAACCGCAGCAUGAAGAUCGACGCGGUCAUGACAAGCAUCGAACGAGAUAUGCAGCUCCUCUGCGUCACUGGUGUCGAGGACAUGCUGCAGACCGAUGUCAGGGUGACCCUGGAGUUGCUAAAGAAUGCAGACAUCAAGGUGUGGAUGCUAACCGGGGAUAAGCUAGAAACUGCGCUCUGCAUUGCCAAAUCGUCCGGAAUCAUCACGAGAAACCAAACCGUCUACACCUUUGACACAGUGACAAACCGAACCGAUGCUCGGAUCGAACUGAACAAUUUUUCACGCAAAACUGGCGUCGCAGCGGUCAUCUCUGGUGAUUCACUGAAGGUUCUGUUAUGCGAGUACGAGGAGGAAUUUUCCGAAUUAAUGUCCAGAAGCCCAGCGGUUGUUUGUUGUCGAUGUUCACCAGAACAGAAAGCAGAAAUCGUGAGGAUGUUGAAAAAGUGUCAUAAGACAAAGCUUGUGGCGGCCGUGGGCGACGGUGGCAAUGACGUCAGCAUGAUUCAAGCCGCUGACGCAGGUAUUGGAAUUGUUGGAAAGGAAGGCAAGCACGCAUCGCUGGCAGCCGAUUUUUCCAUCAACCAGUUCAGCUUUCUCGGACGACUGUUUCUAGUGCACGGCAGGUUCUGCUACAAACGGUCAUGCUCUUUGGCGCAGUUCGUAAUCCACAGAGGUUUGAUCAUCUCCACUAUGCAGGCGGUGUUCUCGUGUGUUUUCUACUUCGUGUCCGUGUCGCUUUACCAAGGAAUGUUGAUGGUCGCGUAUUCCACAGUUUACACCAUGUUUCCAGUGUUUUCGUUGACCAUGGAUCAAGAUGUUGAUGACCGAAUUGCCAUGACUUAUCCAGAAAUUUACAAGGAGUUAGGAAAGGGCAGGUCAUUAUCGUUGAAAACGUUUUUUCUCUGGUUUCUAGUCAGCAUUUAUCAAGGUGCCGUGAUCAUGUACGGUGCCCUAGUGCUGUUCGACGCCGAUUUCAUUCACAUCGUGUCCAUCACGUUCACGUCACUUAUUUUGACGGAACUCAUCAUGGUGGCACUGACGGUUCAUAAGUGGCAUUGGGCGAUGGGACUGGCCGAAGUUUUUUCCUUUCUUGUCUAUGCUCUGUCGUUGUUGUUCUUGCCAAGUUUCUUCGACAUCGAAUUUGUUCGAAGUGCGGAGUUCCUUUGGAAGACGACUGCCAUAACGGCAGUUAGCUGCGUGCCGCUCUAUGUGGCGAAAUGCCUUCGAAUUAAGUGUGCGCCCCCAAUAUAUACAAAGCUUAGCUGAAA